GGGCUCCCCCCAUAUCUUUAAAUUUGACAAACCAAACAAUGGCCGUAGUACCGUGGAGUAGAGUGCUAUUGAUUAAAAUGUGUGCGUGUUGUUAAAAUGUGAUCGUGAUAAAAAUCGUGCAAAAUGUGGAUUCCGACAAAAACGAAAAAAUACGGCGUCGCUAUUUACAACUGGAAGGGGGAUACCCGGUUCGGGUUGCCUCUGGAAAUUGGGGAAACCGUCCAAAUCCUCGAGGAAUCCCAAGGCUGGUAUCGCGGUUUUUCCACGAAAAAUCGCUCGAUUAAGGGCAUUUUCCCCCAAAGUUAUAUCCAUUUGAAGCCGUGUAAAGUCGACAAUGAAGGGCUGUUUGAGAGCGUCGUUCCGCUGGAGGAUCCCGUCGUCAGGGAGGUCACUCUGGUGUUGCGGGAGUGGGGGGAUAUUUGGAAAAAAUUAUACGUGCAACGCGAGCACUACAAGUUCGAAACAGUGGGCAAAGUUAUGCGCGACUUGCUCGAAUGGCGUCGCCAAUUAGUCUCUGGCACUUUAACCCACGACCAAACCCGGGAACUGAAAAUGAAAAUCAUCGCCAAGAUCGACUGGGGCAACAAGAAAUUGGGACUGGAUCUGGUGCCCAGACAAGGGGCGCAAAUGAUCGAUCCGGACUCGAUGUCUGUGGUCGAAUUGUACCAUUUUCAUGUCUCGAGUGCCGAGAACUCGCAAGGGCUGUCGGCCCGCGGCACCAUCAAGAAAAAAGAACCGAAAAAAACGCUAACCCACCACCUCUACUUCUGCAUGCGCGACUUCGGCCACCACAUCGGCGAAGACACCGAAAUCUACUUCUCUCUGUACGACGCCUCCAAGCAGAAAUACAUCAGCGAACGUUUCCUAGUCAAAAUAUCCAAAGAGGGUUUCUCGAACUACGUGGAGAAGUUGCACUCCAACUGCACCGUCUUCACGGACUUGGGCAACUCCGACCUGAGCCGGGACAUCUACCUGGUGGCCCACGUGAUGCGAAUCGGCAAGAUGAUCUAUUCCGACAACAAGAAGACUGAAAAGAACGCCGUCCUGCUGCAGCAGGUGUUCAAGCGGCCGCACGGGGUCGCCGUGCACAACCUGGGGGAGUACCUCAUGCCCAAGGAGGGCGACUCCGAGGAGAAGGAGCUCAACCUGAAGGUGUACCAAGGCGAGGAGAAGGACUUCCACCAGCUGCACGAGUUUAUAAUAAGGCAGUCGGGGAAGUACAACGCCUUGGCUUGCGCCCCCAACUAUGGGAUCCUCACCUCGGUGAAGAUGCUCCACGGGGGGCUGAACCACAUCAAGGAGGAAAACGCGAUGCUGUUCAAAAACGUGAGCUUGACGAGCAAGUUGGGGUUUCCGGACGUGAUUAUGCCAGGGGAUGUCAGGAACGACUUGUAUCUCAUUCUGGAGAAGGGGGAGUUUGAACGCGGGGGUAAAUCCACGGGGAAAAAUAUCGAAGUGAGCAUUGUGGUCCUGGACAGUGAGAAAAAUGUCAUCAGGAAUUGUCUGUGGGGGGCUUCGGGGCAAGAUGGGGCUUCGGAAUACAAUUCCAUGAUUAUUUAUCAUCACAAUUCGCCAGCUUGGGCCGAAAAUGUGAGGCUGACUCUGCCGAUUGAUAAGUUCGCGGGGGCGCAUGUGAGGCUGGAGUACAGGCAUUGCUCAACACGCGAAAAAAACGACAAGAAACUCUUCGGCUUCUCCUUCAUCCGUCUGAUGGAUAAAGACGGAGCCGCCGUCCAAGACGGCCAACACGAACUCUACAUUUACAAAUGUGAAGACCCCCAAAAACUCGAAAACUGCGGCUAUUUGUCUCUCCCAGCCUUCAGCAAAGACCUCGAAGGCAACCACGACAGUGUCGGCCAAUUUUCUCGAAGCCACAAAGAGGUGGUUUUCGUUAGAACCCUCCUAUGUUCCACCAAACUGACCCAAAACGUCGAUUUGCUAGCACUGUUACGGUGGAAAUCCCACCCGGAAAAAAUCCAGGACUCCUUGCAGCGCGUUUUGCGACUCGGAGACGAGGAACUUAUCAAGUUCCUCCAGGAUGUUCUGGAUGCUCUGUUUGCCCUUUUCUCGACCGAAGAUGGCAACAGUACCGCCUACAGCGGCCUGGUGUUCCACGUUUUGGUCUCAAUUUUUAACCUCCUUGAUGGUUCAAAGUACCAACACUUUAAGCCAGUCCUGGAUGCGUACAUUAAGGACCAUUUCGCCGCUGCUUUGGUCUACAAAGGCCUGCUAACAAGUGUGCAGCACUGUGCCGAUUGGGUCUUAUCUUUCGACAAACAAGAACCGAUCCAAAAGUGUUACAAAAGUCUUGAGUACAUUUUCAAACUCAUAAUCCAGAGCCGGCUGUUAUUCUCACGCGCCACGUGUGGCCAAUACGAGGACAGCUUCCGACGGGACUUAUACAGCGUUUUUUCUUCACUCAACAAAAUGUUGACAGUGAAUGAUCCCCACAUUAUCAACACACAGGUGGCACUUUUACUCUCAAUUAGCGCAGUCUACGAGCAACUGAUCGAAGUUUUGCCCACGAUUGAAGUAACAAAGUUGGCCGCGACCCUCCUGGACGCCAUCCCGAAGGACUUACCGGUGCUCCUAGUCCAGGCCAAACUAUCCUGCAUCAAAAACCUGGUCACAAGCAAAUUGUUUCAAGACGACGAGUCCAGAAACAUUCUCCUGGCAAAUGCUUGCAAGCACUUGCGUGCGCAACUCCACCGUCGGGAAGAACUCAAACUUUGCACCGAUAUUUUGGGCGAAAUCCUGGGAUUUUUGUUCAAACAAAGGAAACAGUUUGAAGGACAGGGGAAAAUCAACAAUUGCAUCCACCACGAUGUUGAGACGCUUUGUAUCAACAUUUUGGACAUUUUGGUCCAGGCUGUGCUAACAACCAUUGAUUUUAAGGACGUCAAGGACGGGAAAAUUCUGGGCUGUUUGGUGGCGUGUUUGAUUGGGAUUUUGCAACUUUUGGACGAGUUUCACUACAAACGGCUGUGGGAAGUCCUAAUGGGGCCGGGCCUGGACCGGAAGCCCCUCAAAGACUUCCUCUUGCGUGUUUUCCUAGUUUUCCGAAAUUUGGUGCGUUUGGAGGUUUUCCCCCCUGAUUGGUUGGUCAUGAAAAUGGUGGUUAACAACGUUAUGCUAAAAUCGCUACAAGAGUUAGCACAACCUUUAGCCUUCAAGUUUUUGGACUCGCGGAGCGGUUACUUCGACAAAGAGCUUUGGACCGACUAUUUCAACCUCGCUGUGGACUACUUGACCCAGAAGCCGCUCCAACUGGAGCACUUCUCCGAAGUGAAGCGCGAGAAAAUUAUUGAGAAGUACGGCGAUAUGAGGGUUUUGAUGGGCUUCCAGAUCUUGUCAAUGUGGUCGCAGUUGGGCGAAUGCAAACUACAUUUUAUUCCGUCGAUGGUUGGACCGUUCCUUAAAGUAACACUAGUUCCUGAGAUUGAAUUACGAAAGGCCACACUGCACAUUUUUUUCGACAUGAUGGAGUGCGAGCAAAGGGCGCGCGGGAAUUUCAGACAGGUAGAGAGUGAGCUGAUCGACAAGCUGGAUAUUCUCAUCUCGGAAAAUAAGGGCGAUGAUGAGUACCGCAGGCUUUUCAAUACUAUGGAGCACUUGAGCGCAGUCCUGCUAGACCGCGUCCAAUCGGAGGAUUUGGCGUGGAAGGAGAGCGGUGCAGCUUUCAUAAGCUCCAUCACACGUCUCCUUGAACGCCUUCUCGACUACCGCAGCGUCAUAGAAGGCGACGAAAACCGCGACAAGCGAAUGUCUUGCACUUUCAAUCUUCUGAAUUUCUACAAAAACGAGUUCAAUCGUAAAGAAAUGUAUCUCCGCUACAUUUAUAAGCUCCACGAUCUUCAUUUAUCGGCGGAGAACUACACAGAGGCGGCGUUUACGAUGAAACUGUACGCUGAUCAGCUGACUUGGAGUAGUACCACACUGGUGGCCGAUAAUCAUUUUCCGAAUUUUACCGAAUGCCAGGUUAAGGAGAAGUUGUACAGACAGAUUAUUAAUUAUUUCGAUAAGGGGAAGUGUUGGGAGAAGGGGAUUCCCCUGUUGAAGGAGCUGGCAACACUGUACGAAGUCCAGUUUUUCGACUACAAAGCUCUGAGUGAUAUUCUUAAAUACCAAGCGAAAUUUUACGAUAAUAUUUUGACGCAGCUCCGUCCAGAACCAGAAUAUUUUAGGGUGGGCUUCUACGGGCUUAGCUUUCCGUUGUUUGUGAGGAAUAAACAAUUUGUAUAUAGGGGAUUAGAAUACGAACGCAUCGGUGCCUUUACUCAAAGACUUCAAACGGAGUUUCCCUCAGCUCAGAUACUUAUGAAGAACACGCCACCCGACGACUCGAUCGUCAACUCAGAGGGGCAAUUUAUACAAAUUUGCAACGUGAAACCAAUCCCUGAACCGAACCCGAUUACUCUAGCGACCGACAUUCCCGAGAAAAUCUCCCGGUUUUACCACUACAACGACGUGAAAAGGUUCCAGUGCGACCGUCCUGUACAUAAAGGAAUUAUAGAUAAGGAGAAUGAGAUUAAGACUUUGUGGAUCGAACGCAUGACUCUGGAGAUCGAGAACCCCCUUCCGGGGAUUUUGCGCUGGUUUGAGGUCAUCAAUCGCCACACUGACGAAAUACCGCCUGUUAAGUACGCCUGCGAGACGAUGCAGUCGGUCGAGCUCGAAUUGAGGCAGUUAAUAACGACUUAUACGAUCGAACCGAAGCGAAAUUUGAACCCGCUGACCAUGAGGCUCCAAGGGAUUAUUGAUGCGAACGUCCAGGGCGGGAUUAGCAAAUACCAGCAGGCGUUUUUCACGCAAGAAUUCGCAAAACUUUGCCCUGAACACAUGACCUAUGUUUACACCCUCAAAAACCUGAUUCUGGACGCUAUGCAAGUGAUUGAGGAAGGGUUAGAGCUACACGGGAGGUUAGCGCCGGCCGGUGUAGUCCCCCUCCACCACCGGCUCCUGGAGCGUUUUGCCCAACUGAAGGAAAGUCUUGGUGCUUUGAGCAAAAUCAAACGACAAAUCCCCGACAGUAUUGUAAACACCCCCCUCCCCCCGUUGCCGAUCGACAAAAGACUGAUGGUGGUGGAAAACGGCCACCACCGACCCGGAAACUACGACUACUUAUCCGAACACCGAACGCUGGAAACCGACGACAUCUACACCAAACCCAUGGAAAACGAACGGCCGCUCCGCGAAAACCUAACACUGCCGAUGGCCACGACGACAGCGCCACCUAUACCUCAACGCGAACUCAGACCCAGAUCUCAGGGAUUCACCAAUAACUUCAGCGAGGCGCAGACGCCGACCAGACUGGACUACAACACGUCCAGCUUGCCCUUGAUGAAGACGCGCAACUCGGACUCGUACGACAUUCCACUGCCUCCGAAGCCGACGCAUUCGAGGGAGCGGUCGCUCACGAAGCCGCCGUCGCCGCGGCUGCUGAGGCACGCCUCCAUGACGCCGACGGACGGGACGUCGCCUUUGAGGAACUCCUGGUCCGACUCGGGGGUGGAGGAGGCGCCCCCGCUGCCGCCGAGGUCGCACACCCCCGACAAGCGUCUGGGGUUCAGCGAGCCGCCGCCCAACAUCCCCAAGCGGGGGCAGAAGAAGUCCCUGGUAGGGGCCGCCGAGACCGAAUGCGAGCUAACACCAGACAGCUUGCGCGACUCGGGUAUAAGCAUGUCGGAGAACUCAAAUUUGAAUAAUUUGAACAACACUUGUUAUGAAGAUUUCGAUUUGAAGGGGCACCAGCAGGAGAUGAACAUCAGCAGCAGUCCGUUCGAGGGCAGCCCCAAGCUGGAGAACCCGCCGCCGAUCCCGCCCAAGGCCAGCCUGAGCUCGAGCCUGGAGGCGGCGCGGGAGGCGGAGGCCGCCACCCCCGACUCCGAUAAGGAGAAAAGCCCCUCGUAAUAAUUAUUUCAUGUUGUGAUCGUAAACGUAGUCAGGGCAGUUGUGAGAGUUGCAGUAUUUUAUUUAUUCAUUCCAGGAGAUGAAAUGUUUCGAGUAUUUUAAUCGAUAGGUGUUAGGUUUAGUGUCUCAUUGUGUCAUUUCCUUGUGCCAAAGCAGGCCGUUAUAUCAAAGCAGGUUCAUGGACCAAUGGAGGAACUAAUGGACCGAUCCACUCACUCAUUCUACAUCGAAGUUUUGUAUAUAAUGGUGCUAAUUUUUUUAUCUAUUCUACGUAUCAUGGUAUAUCCGUUCAAUUGGUUGUAUUCGUCAUUUUAACCAUCGGACUAGUCAUAAAAAUGAUAUUUAUAAUUAUAUUUUAUAUCUGCAUAAAGUAUUGUAUUUUCCCAUUCAUGACUAUCAUCUAGUUAGAGAUUUACUGUAGCUGAAAAAAUAAAGCGGAAAAUAGCA